AUGGACAUCGAAAUAAAACGACAUGUUUUACAACGAUAUCAACAAUUACAAAUAAAGGCGCAUGAAUUACACCAAUCUCCUGAUGAACAAACAGAGAAUCAAGGUAUUGAAACAGAAAAUGUACAAAUAAGCCAAACAACGGUACCACCAACAACAACUAUUCAUGACCGUAACGAUCACGACAUAUAUAGAAGUAAGAGUCCUGUAAAAUAA